UUGUACCGAGCGGACGCGCGCACAAAAUUUGAGCUCCGUUUUUUGAAAAAGAAUCUCCUGGAAGUUCGAGUGAAGUGUGCAGAAGGGAAAAGAGAGAAGGGUGCCGCGCGCCGUGCUUAGAAUUUUUGAGGUUGAACUGACCGUUUAAAGUUUACCUCGUGGUUUUUUAAAUUGGGUUGAUCGCGAAUCAGUGUAAAGUGAUCGAUACUUUUGGACUAAGUUUGGACCUCAGAAGCUGAAUGGAUAAUAUUUAAAGUGCAAGAUCGAAGUGGAACAAAGUUGCAAUAAUAAGUGCGAGCUAUGAGGCGAGCCAGCAAUCUAGCAAGGAUUUAAGCCGCUAAGGAUUAAGUGAUCGAUACCCAGAGAGUGAUCUUAAAAAACCAAAAAAAAACUGAUAGGCAAUCGCCACAAAUUAGUUGAGACCACAGUUAUUGGACUGAUUUGACCACAUGUUAAGUGAUCGGAUAACCGUCCGGUUUCCCCUCAUCGUGAAGAAAAGCUGAGAAGUCAAUUCUUCAAGAACCAGAAACCUUCCUCCAGAACCCAGAAACCAAACACAAGAAUCAUUAGGCGAAAAUGUUGAAGUGGACCGUUACGAAACGCGCCGAAGGAGGUGGGACGACGGCAGCACUUCACCGGAAACAGUCAACCGGAGCGGGUCAUGCGCGACGCUCACUUGGAGCUCUGAACGACCGUAAACUACACAGUGAUGGAAUCACCGCAGCCAGUAAGGUAAAAGCCCGCCGAUCCCUCGGGGCCACAAUGCAUCGACAUGCUCACGUCGACAAAGAAAAUCAAUGCGUCACCUCGACGCCUCAUCACAUUGCCGGAGGACGACGCUCCCUAGCCUCACCCUACUCGACGGCCCUCCGAGACGUCAGCAAUAUUACCCCGGACACCACUCCGAGACGUCUAUCUUCGACACCCCAAAGUCGAAAGCGGGCCUUCCCAACUUCCCCAACGGCCGUAACCUCAACGGCCAAGAAAGACCCCAACAAUCUACAGUACGCCUCCACCUUACCAACCUUCGACAUCGAAUACUCCCCAUGUGGAGUCAAAAACGUCCCAUUCCUUUCCAUCCGAGGACUAGGCCUAGGCGAUUCUUACUUCGACAAUCCGGGCCGAUACUUCCACGAAGAUCAACCGGCCCCAAAACGACACAAAACCUUCCUCGCCCCUGCGGCACCUCCAGCAGAAAAAUCAGAACCAUCCCUAACCCCACUUUCAUCCCGCCUCUCCGAACUCCGGUUCAGCAAGAUUAGCUUCAAGCGCAACGCCGAACCCAAAACCCUCAACAACAACCAGAUCUUCAACGACGAAGAAUCCUCGCUCAAUUCGUCCGAAAUGGGUGACAUAACCUUAGACAAGAUGAUCGAUGCAAUUCUGGAGAGUGCAAAAAAGGACCGCCUGGUUCCAUCCCGUCCAAAAAGAAGUUCCAGCGUGAAGUCCAAGCAGAGCAACCUUUCGCCAACCUAUACCCCAGCCGAAGACCCCGCUGCCGACCUCUACAAGGACACCCUGAUCGAGCGACUUCCCCCGAAGCUCAUCGAACACGCGGAAACCACAAUCAUCCUCGAAGAACCCGCCUCCAAUGUCAACGAGCGCGAAGUCAAGACCCCAGAAGUAGUGAAACCUCCAACCAAACAUUUCCGCGAAUCCCUCUCAAGAUUCGUUCUUGCUAGCCCAUUGGACGCCUGCCACUUAAGACGGCAAAAAGCCGUCCGACGGAAAAACAAAGCUGAACUCAACGAAGUUUGCGAAAAGAAACCCUGUCGAAUUGGACUUACAAUCCCUAACGGAAUUCCUAGCCCCGAAACCCCUCAAAACCCUAACUUCACCGAAUCCAAACUUGAUCAACUAGCUCAGAUGCAAACCCCGUCGGACCUAGCGAUCAUCGUUGACUCCGAUCUACCGCAAACCAAGACCGCCCUCAGUACCAUCGAAGAGAUGACUCCGAGCAUAAGAUCGAUCGACCUCCAGGGAACUUCAACUCCAACCGGAAAUGAAGCCCUCUCGUUCGAAAAAUCCCGAAAAUGUUUAACCUUCUCUCCGAAUCUUUCGGAGGACUCGCUCGAAAAGCGUCGUUCGGUGGCCUCGUCAACUACGUCCCGCUGUUCCCGGGUCCCAACCAUGGUCAAGGGUUCGCUAGACUUAAGCCUUCAACUCGCCCCCGAUGCCGACAAACUGCACGUUCACGUUAUCCGGUGCAAGGAUCUUCAUCGUUCGACUGCUGCUACAGGUGCGAGUACGAUCAAUGCGUACGUAAAGAUUGCUCUCGUCAAUCCAGCGGCAACCGGUGCUGAGCAAGGUUUCCAGCGGACGGCCGUGCAUCGGAACUCGAAUCGACCUCUGUUCGAUCAACGGUUUGUGUUCGAUCUGGGAUCGUCUGAAGUCAGCGAGGAAGACGAUCAACGGCGGGUCCAGCUGGCCGUGUGGCAUCGAGACCGAGAGUGCAAACGCAGCGAAUUCUUAGGAUGCAUGUCCUUCCCCCUUAGGAAUGCUAUCAAACAACAGGAAAUUAAUGGCUCUUUCAAGCUUCAACCGCAAUCGUGUCUGACGAAUCCCGCACCUCCGCAACCGAUCGGCACCGACAUGUGCGAGAACUCGCAAUCCAGCGUUGACGAAAUCGUCAGCGUUGAAGAGACCGGCCCUGGAUGUCCGGGUCAAACCGUAUCAGUGACCGUAGUCUCCUCGAGCAGCCAACCUACCGAACCCAUUAGUCUGAGCAAGAAAGCCCUCCACCAGCGGGAUGCCGACGAGAAUCUGUUCCUGCGCUUCCUGGAGCUGGAUCCUCCACUGGAAACCAGUGGGAAUGGAAGCACCGCGGCAGCUGGCAACACUGGAGGAGGCAGUGGGACAGUCCCGGCAACUCCUCGACGAAGCUCCAUCUGCUCCAACAAACCAAACCCAGGCCGAACUCCCUUCACGAUAACCAAGCGACUGACCCGCGUUGCCGACAAAGGUUUUGGCUUCUCGAUCGUCUGGACCCAUCCACCUCGGGUCGAGAAGGUCGAACCGGGCCUUUCCGCCGAAAAGGCUGGAAUACUCCCCGGCGACUAUGUAGUGUUCGUCGACAAGCACAACGUCGUCACCAUGCCGGAGCUAGAUGUGCUGAACUUGAUCAAAACUCAGGGCAAUACGCUGCUGCUGGAAAUCUUCCGCAGGCCUCAACGACCACCCACCACGAAUGGCCUAAGGCCGGGAAGUACUGGUGCCGUCUCCACCAGCAAUCUCAUCAACUUUGCACCCUACAGCGCGCAAGUCAACUUCCAACAGCAACAGCAACAGGUGCAGCAACUUCAACAACUCCCGUUGCAGCACCAACUCUUAGACGAAGAACCCUCCCUAAAACCGUCCAUCGUUCCGGCCCGUUCUUCGACGGCCUGCUCCAACAUCUCGAUUGAGACCGCCAAGCGGAAACUCAACCUGCCGCAGGUCACCUUCAGCAAAGAGUCCAUCCUCCAGCAGUUGCCGGACGACCAUCGGCGGAAGUUCCUCUAUCAGCUCAUCAGCCGGGAGCAGCACUUCGUGACGGCAAUCAACUUCGGCAUCGACCGGUUCGUAAAUCCGCUGCGGGACCGGAAGGAUCUCAUCUCCCCCAACGAUCACAAAACGCUGUUCCAGAACAUCGAUGAGCUAUCGCGAAUAUCCGAAGACAUCCUGGAGCAAAUCAUCCAAGACGAAUCCGAGCCUCAGAUCCAUUUCGCUUCCCGCGUUUAUCUGUCCAAGUGUACGGCCUUGUGUGCGGCUUACAAAAAGUACUGCAAUGGCCUCAAAAAAGCUGACUGCGUAUUGGUCAACAAAUCGAGAAACACUAGCUGUGAUUUUAUGCGUUUUAUUACGGAACCGCCGGUGCCCCGGAGAAGGCCAGAUCUGACCACCUUCAUUCAUCGGCCGUUGCAGCAUUUUAGGGAAAUUUUAAAACUAGUCCAGAUGAUUGCGUCCCACUGCCGGGUCGAUAGCGAGGAGCACAAUAACCUGAACAGUGUGAUCAACGAAUUGCAGGCGGCCUAUCGAGAAAUAACCGUUGGAGGAGGUCUGAUGGAACCAAUUGGGGAGGGACGACCUCUUUUGACAUUACAGGAUUUGGAAGCCAGGAUGGUAUUCACCAAGUGUAAACCAUUUCAGUUGGCUUCCCAUGGGAGACAGUGGAUUUUUGGUGGUGAUCUUUCACGGGUUGAGGGCCGGUCGGUGAAACCGUACUGGACGUUGUUAUUUAGUGAUAUUUUGUUGUUUGCUAAGGUGAGCCGGGAUCGAGUGCUGUUCAUAACGGAGGAACCGAUUGCCCUGUCUACCAUUACCGAUUCUUGCUUCAAUGUGCGGAAAAAGAAUACCGAAUUCCGCAUCACGAUCGACCCGAACGGCCGAGCCCAGCUCGAGAGCCCCACAGUUCACUGUGCCCCGGAUUUGACCCGAACGCCGAAGAAGAACUCAAAAAAGCGCUGCAUCAUCCUGCGGGCCCCAUCCACCGAACUGAAAGCCGUCUGGCAGAAUCUGCUGACCCGACAAAUAUUCCUCGUGAAUGCUACCUUUGGAGCGACGCCGCUGAGUAGUCCUCUGGACUCACCGGAUAUCCUGCAAACGCUGUUGCCCAUGGGAGAUAUCGGAACGACCGCUGCGUCGAUGGCUUCGGUCAAGGUGCCGUCACUGGAUAGCAUUCACCUCAAAAAUCAACAGUUGAGGUCGAGUAAGGUCCCCCGGCAGGUUGAGGAGUUGAUCGACGAAAAAUGUAGGAGCUUGAACAAAUCGGGUGGCGUUCCGAAGGGAAGUGCUCUGCACCUUGCGCAGUGGAUGAAGGGUCAGCUAGACAAACAGGUGGUCGAGUCGGAUCCCAUCGAUUCGGAUCCAGAGCAAACCAUCGAAGAGUGGUCCAUCGAGCAGGUGGCCAAUCGAUCGAAAGAGCUGAAGCUGGUAGAUAAGGAUGGAAAUCUGUGUGCCACCCAACCGGCCAUUUCUCCUACCGGUGGAGGAUGUUUGAUGAAUGGGGGCAUAGGGUUGGGUUUAGAUGGAGGAGGAAGUGGUUCUCUGGGGGGUUCCAACUCGAAACUGGGAGAUGCUGGAGCUGGAAGUACUGCUGGAGGCGAUGCGCUGCUCGAGGAUGGUUCCACCUACGAUGGAGACGAUGACAAUAGAAGCGUGUCGAAGAGCACCACAUCAGAUAGCCAGAUAACCGUCCGAUCAAGUCCACUAAGCAAUAAGGUAGACACCAUCUCCGUUUGUAGGCAAUGCCAUAAAAACUGCAAAAGCAGAAUGAACUCCCCGAGCAGCAAUUCACUGACGGUGCAGCACAGCCAAACUUCAUCAACGCGAUGCUGCGUAUCGGCUUCGACGACCGGCAGUAGCCUGAACAAAAGUCCAUCCAGUAUUUCUUCCACCAGCACCCUCACGAUACCCAGCAAAUCCCCAACGAAAGGCGACGAGGAAGGUGAUUUAACAGCUGCGUCGGUUUCUGCAGAGAGUGGAAGCACUGAUCAACCGGACUCAGCGAUGAGUUCUCCACAUGUUCCACAACCAUUAAACAUUAGCAACAGCAAUUAUAAAACCAAGUGCCAAACUCCGUGCCACUGCAAGUGCACACCGAAAGACUUUGAGAAGACUACGAUCAGCCCGGACGAGGUGCUACACGAGCGGGUGCGAAUACUGAAGAACAUCAGCGAGAUGAAUGCGAACACUACGAUGGGUAAUACGAAUCUCGUGAAUGGAUUCUCUAGCGGAGAACUGCGAACGAGUCGCUGGGAGCCGCUAGAUGACAACAGUAACAUCGAAGACUGGUCUCUGAUGCUGAUUGGACUGGCUCAGAUCAAUCCGGCGGCUUCGCUGGUACGACUGGAUCCGUUCGAGGCCGUUCCGACGAUAGCGGUUGUGCCACCAACACCGGACGCCUUGAACAAUUCGGCCGCUAAGCAUGGGAUGUCCCUGAAUUGGAGCGACUCGAACAGACUCCAGUUGGGUAACAUCAGCGAAUCCAACGGACUGGUGGUGGGUGGCGAUGGGGAUGAGUAUUCUCCGGACAAUUCACCGGAGGAUGAGCUCCCGGAGCCACCGUAUCGGGUGCUGAACACCGGCAUGAAACGAUACGGGACCAUGUCUAGUUUGGAACGGGUGCCGUCGGAUGAAACCGACGAUAAGACGUACAACUCGUCCGAAGAUGAUGAGGAAGAAAAUGACAUCAAGAUCGUCACCAAGGAAGUAUACGAUACCAGUACGCAGCCGUUUAUGAAUUGGACCGCGCGGGCAGGCAGUUUCAUCGAAGAGUCGCGGGCCUUCAUAGAUCGGUAUCUUGGGCGAGGGAAUUCUAACGAGGAUGCACCGAAAGACGAGAUCAACUCGCCACCCGGUGACGAAGGGGAAACCUCGGUAACGUCGGGUGAAGAGGUCUGGGGAACUCCUACUAGCGGAGGUGAAAAUGAUGACUUGCAAAUUUUUGGCAGCAUUGAACAAACGCACUCGUCACCGACCAAAUCGACGUCUUCCUACACCGGCGAUGACGAUACGGAGCUGAUGAUGGACGAACUGCUGAUGGCCCCACCGAUGACUGCCAGUGCUGUGCGAGGGCUUUUGCCACGGCGGAAGUUAGAACCGCUCUUCGAGGAGGACAGCGAAAGCUGCGAGUCCGAGGACGACGACAACGACAGUAAGCCCCUGAGUGGUCACGACAAACAGGGGCAAGCUGUGGAAAGAAAUCGUCCUCGUCCGGACUAUGUGGACUUAAAAGAUUCCACCGAAUCCGACUCUCGAAGUAUAACCUCGUCGUCGACGCCGAUGGCCGAGGACGAUCUGGACCUGACGGUGCCAGCUGUGCCGGAGACGCUGAAGACGACCACACCAGACGAAAACUAUGGGAGUGCUGCUGACAGAUGCUCUGUAUCUGCGCUGCCCCGGAGCAUCGGGAUGCACUCUGUAAGCGGUAUCGAUCGUUCCGGGGCAUUGACCAGUUUCGGUGCCGUGGCCAAUCAAAGUCAGCAAGGCCCACCGAUACUUACUUUGCCUCCACCGCCGUCUACCGCCCCACCACCAUCCCUCUUGUACGGGAUGAGUCCCCGGCUCGAGAUGCGACUGGCCCUGAAUCACGACAUCCUCGGCGACGAAGACCUGAUGGGCAAUCCCCCAACAGUUACGGCGGGACAGGACCUGACUACGAUUCUCGGACCCGACCUCUCCACAUACCACCGGAUGAGUGGCAGGGACAUCAUCAUGAACCGGGUCAUCCCGCGGGUCAACAGCUACAGCAGCAUCCCGGCCGUAGUGGCUGCAGCAACGAACGACCACAACAAACAGCUCAGAAACGGAACGAGCUCAUCAUAUCUGCAAAACAAUUCAAAGAUGGAUACUCCUACUCCCAAUCGGCGAAAGCAGCAACUGGAGGAGGUCGCUCAGGCUCAGUUAAGCCAUACAGCUACCUGGAACAGUUUUGGGUCUGUGGAUCGAGAAGAAAAGACUCUGUCGGACCUGGAGCGUUUAGCGAGGCGCGAGAAAGUCUACUGCAUGACGCAGCUGAAUCAAAACGGUUCCCACCUGAAGCAUACAGCUAGUUUUCAAAAGUCCAAAACUUCCAAAUUAUUCAAAUUUCUCUCUCGGCGUAACUCGGAGAACCAGCUGUAUGAGUGCGCUUCGUCGUCUUCUUCGGUGGUUUCCUCCAGAGCGUCAACGCUGAUCGACGGCAACUACGGUGAUGAUGUUCCUACCAUAUCCAGCUCCCAGUCCGAUUCGAGCCGGAUGAACUCGCCGCGGAAGGAAAAUGACAAAUCAAUGGAUCGAAGAUUUUGGAAACAGCUUAAUAAAAGGCGUCGCAACAGUUUACACGAACUGACAGCGGGAGAAACCUAAUCCAACAGAAUAAGAAAAAUUUGGGAACUUGUACGACAAGACAAGUGAGAAGGACGAGUACGAGAAUCCCAGAAACAACAGGUGCUAAGAUACAGCAACAGCUUCAAUAAUGAAUUAUUACAAAUUUUAGCUAAUUCAGUAAAGUACUAAACCUACCUACCUUUGCUCUUGUCUAAAACUCAAAAUGGUCUUUAGCUAAAACGAUUAAAAAUAAAUGAGAAUAAUUCUGAAUAACUAGGAUAUCGAUAUACAAGGGUAACCACUAAGGUUUAAUUUUUCUGUCCGACAGUAGCUAGCAGUGAUACGAAACCUAUUUGAAUCUGAAAUUUCCACCAUCUUCUAAUAACACUAAGAGAUCAGGAUUUUAACCAUCUACGAAAAUGGAAAACAUUGUGAAUUCAUUGAAAUUGUAACGCGAAAAAAAACAUUUAUUCAUCUAGUCGUAAUCUGUUUCAUUAUUUCCUAAAGUCUAUGUAGUUAAAUCUUCAAAACCGUAAAGUAAUAAAAAUGAAAAAAAAAACUAUUAAAAAUUUUGAGUCCAUCCUGGAUGGCAAAUGGGAGUCCUUCCAAGGGUUUAAGGAAUCCUUCCAAUUGUUACAAGCCUAAACACCGAAGUUUUAAACAGUGAACAAAAAGUAAAAUGAUAAUCAAAUCUGCAAAAAGUUUCGACGCAGAGCAAGGAUACCAGUAACUUAGGGUAAGACGGUUGAGUAAGAAAGUAAGAUUGAACCCCAAACAAAACAAAACAA